CACCCUAAAACUUCGCGACCGCCACCUCAGCAGCACCCGGUGCACCUUAAGAGACUCAGACACGCUUUCACGAGGACUCCUCGUCCAGCUCCUCCAUCGGCGCUACCCACCACCUUAUCAUCUACCACCAAUCCCACCACUACUCCCCCACUUCAGAACCCAUCUAAGAUAUGUAUUGACCUGGCGGCCCGAUCACGCAGCGCCACACAUCGUCGAGGUUCCUUCAGCGCAGGGUCAAGAGGUGCACCUCUUCGUCCGCGAGCAGUAUGCGUCGACGCCCGAGAGCGGACCUGUCCAGCGCAUGGUGCUUAGGUACGGCGCUAACCCUCACCAGAAACCAGCACAGACUUUCGUGGCAGAGGGUGAAUUGCCAUUCAAGGUCCUCAGCGGUUCCCCAGGCUACAUCAAUCUCCUGAAUGCCCUCAAUUCUUACGCCCUUGUCAGGGAGCUGCAAGAGGCUUUGAACCUCCCUGCUGCCGCUUCGUUCAAACAUGUCUCCCCUGCUGGUGCUGCCGUGGGUUUAGAACUUGACGAAAUCGAGAAGCAGGUGUACGGUGUCGAAGAUCUCAAAGAGCCCCUGACGCCUUUGGCAUGCGCCUACGCUCACGCUCGAGGUGCCGACCGCAUGUCAUCCUUUGGAGACUUCAUUGCACUCUCUGCACCCUGCGACCUCGCCACAGCACGCAUCAUCUCCAGAGAAGUAUCAGACGGCAUCAUCGCACCAGGCUACAGUCCUGAGGCACUAGAUGUUCUCAAAAAGAAGAAGGCAGGAAAGUGCUGCGUCCUAGAGAUGGACCCGUCGUACACACCCUCAGACAUCGAGACCCGCCAAGUGUACGGCAUCAGUCUCCAGCAGUGUCGAAACGACAUCAAAAUCAAUGCUAAGCUCUUCGACAACCUCGUUACCAAGAACAAAGACGUUCCAGCACAAGCGCUAACCGACCUCAUCGUCGCGACACUCGCGGUCAAGUAUACGCAGUCCAACAGCCAAUCGCGCAUCCACUGCACACGGCUCGCGGGAUCUAAGGCGGAUAACUGGUGGUUGCGGCACCACCCUCGCGUCCUCGCGCUCCCAUUCAAGAAAGGUGUCAAACGCGCAGAGAAAGCGAACGCGGUCGACCUCUUUGUGAGCGGGGAGGUACUCGAGGGGGGUGAGCGGGCGCAGUGGGAGGGGCAAUUUGCGGAGGUGCUGGCGCCUCUGAGUGAAUUGGAGAAGAAAGAGUGGGCAGGGAAGUUGGACAGGGUUGCGUAUUCGAGUGAUGCGUUUUUCCCAUUCGCGGAUAAUGUGCAUCGGGCUAGGAAGAGCGGAGUGCGGUACCUUGCCGCGCCUAGUGGGAGUGUGAUGGACGAGGAGUGUAUCAAGGCUGCGGACGAGCAUGAGAUGGUGUUUGCGCACACAUCGCUCAGGCUCUUCCACCACUGAGGAUGGGAGCUUUUGUAAAAAUCUAACAGCAGUAGAAUGUAUUUGUUUAUUCUGAAAAUGCAACUUAUAGGGCAGGCAUCUCAUAUCGCAUC